CUUGCACCCAGACAGGGCCGGUGGCUGAGCUGAGAACCCAGCUCCGAGCCCAGAACGACCAGCUCAGCAUGGCGCUAACUCUCCUUCUGCCUCUGCUGGCCCCUCUCCUGAAUCUCCCCAGGCCGGUGACCCCUGCAGAUCCCCCGCCGGCCCCCACGCUCUCUCAGGACCCCGGAUAUGCAGUGUAUCUCCCAGGGGAGCGGGUUACCCUCACGUGUUCGGCUCCUGGGAGUGAGCAGGUUUCAGGAUACAGAUUCUUCUAUCAAGGGCAGCAAGAUCCCAGCGCAGUCCUACACCCGAAUAACAGCGCCCGGCUGGAGCUCGCAGCUGAGAAGGGAAAUGCUGGGAACUACACCUGUGCGUAUUGGAGACAGGAAUCCAAUCGAGAGAUCUCAUCUAGGAACAGCAGCUCCGUCUCCAUCCCAGUGACAGAUCCCCCUCCCCAGCCAGUGCUGAGGCUGGAUCCCCCUUCUGGAGCAGUGAGUGAAGGACUCCCCCUGCUCAUCACCUGCGCAGUCUCCAGAGAUGCCAGAGAGUGGAGAUUUCACUUCUACAAGGACGGAGUCGAGAUCGUCCCCAGGGACAUGGGGUCUGAGAUCAGCACCAUGGAGCCUGGUACCGGCUCUGUGAAUGUCUCUGUGCUCAGCAUCCUACAGGCCGGUCCCAACAAAGCCGGGAAAUUCACCUGCGGGUACGAGGAGAAUGUGAGCGGGAGGUGGAUCCCGUCCCCCAGGAGCCGGGCUGUGAACGUCACUGUGAAUGUCACCGGGACAGCCUCUUACAGUACCCGUGAUAUUCUGCUGACAACAGGUGGCCUCUUGCUUCUGGUUGGAGCCAUUGCUGCUCUCAUCUGUUACUGCAGGAGGAAGGAAAGAGGUGAGUGAAAGGGGGAGACGCACUGUGAUCGCCCAUCUGCUCCCUCGAUAUGGUCUUGCCAAUAACUAUUCUGUAGUGAUCAGCGUAAAUAGUUUUAAACUAUUAACAACCGCAAAGCAACGGGCCAUGGUGUGGGUAUGGAAACCAAAUCUGAAAUAUGCCUGGCAAAUGAGGUAUGUACCUUUCAAUGAGCAGGCAGUGUUUACAAAGAAGAUAGAGAUGUAAAAAUAUUUAUGGGUUUUCAA